UGCAGAGCACAAAUUCCUAGUAUGGGUAACCAUGCUUGGCCACAUGUCACUUCACUUUCACUUGUACUGUUACCGAUUUGAAUGCAGGCAAAGCAAUUCCUGAACAACUGGUAUCCUGGAAAAAUAUAUUUAGUAUAUGCACAAAUUCUGAGAAUAAAUCCUGUCUUCCUUUCUUGAUCUCCUCAAAAGAAAACAAGGAGAUCCUAAACUGGAGAUCAAAUUAUGAGGGCACUGCCUCACAAAAACACUCCAAAAACUUUACUAAACACAUCUGGUCUAGAGAGCACAGUAUGGAUAAAAAUCAGGUUUUGCUGUUUAAUCUGUGUAUGUUUUAGAAUGCUGACAAAUUGGCUUGUAUAUAAACAUCCGUUUUCGCAUUUUUUAUUAUUUUAAAUGCAACAAACAACCAUGGACAUUUGCAAAAGAUGGUAGUACGGUCCUAAAUAUGGACUCUGUAGGAGGUUAACAUGUCAGAAAUUGUAUAUGAGUGGAAGUAAGUUCAGGGAGAUUAAUAUGAUGCCUUUCAUGUACACACUGCCUGUACCAGAAUGAUCCAAAAAUGACUAACGAGUGCAUGCCUUUUCAAUGUUUUUGUUCACAAAUUAUAUUUAGCAUCAUUUAUUUUUACAGUUAUUUUAUGUUUGUAUUCUUGUUUGUUUCUUAUUAACACAGAACCUUAAAUAUGCUUAUAUACAUCUGUAUUAAUGGACAUUUGCCUUAUGUAUAACGCACAUUUCAGAGGUGUAUUGUCUUUAUUUAUUCUAUGAGCGAAAGUGUCCAGUGGUAUUUGUCCGAUCAUGUCAUCUAAACACAGUGAGGCGACCCGCUCCGUGUAAAAUAAAAUUGUAUUAGGGUACUUAUGACUGGAGUCUUCAUCUCAUGCGAGUAUUUUGUACUAUUCUUUUUAUUUGCUUAAAAACAUUUGACUGAGGACACGGUUAGUGAGCAGCGCUUUACUGACUGACUGACUGCCAUCGAGUGGCAAACUCGCGAAAUUGCAAGUGUGAGAAAUGGCCACUACGUCAAGACACUGGUCAUGUUGAGACGGAGUAAAUGUUAUUUUUGUCGCCCAUAUAACAAUCUAGAGCAUGUGUAAUUUUAUGCCACCAUGUUAGGUUUCGCCUCUAUUGCGAAAUGAUCACUUGGUAAACUUUCUAAGCAAUGGUCGUAACUAGAAACUGGCCGUGUGUUUGUUGUUCGUUAAAAGUGCGUAACGUUAUUUAUAACCAGUACGGUGCGCGGAGGAUUGGAAAGUGAUAUAAAACUGCAAGUUCAGAUCUGUUGUUGAUUUUAAGAAAGUUCCUGCUGUUCUCCAAAGUGGUGAGAGAAGAACAAAAAGAUGUUGUGUUCACGCUCACUCAUUUUGGAUAGGGUCCUUAAGUCUGCAGUGUCCUUCACCUGCAGGAAGUUUUCAAUGGGUCAGAUAUCCCAACAAGGGAAGGUUCCUGAUAUGGCUGAAGUUCGCAACAGGCUGAGAGAAAUAGUCGGUGCAUCUACCAACUGGCAAGAUCAUCAGCAAGUGCUGGCCGAGCGUGCAUCACUAAGCCAGUAUCUUGCUCCGAGUCAGGAUCAACUGCCUGCAAAAAGAAUGAAGGACAGUAUGAUAGAGGCGCAUCUUCCUCUGGGUUCCCAGCCUGCCUUGAGAGAGAAAUACCUCAACUCUCACAACAGUGUCAGGUUUGGUAGGAUUUUGGAGGACUUGGACUGUUUAGAAGUGCUCAUCUGUUACUCUCACACAUGGAAUGAGGAGCUGCAAAGAUCUCCACUGUCUAUUGUCACCGCCCUAGUGGACAAGAUCGACAUGAGACAAAACAUCAUCUAUCCUGACUGUGACAUCAAGUGCACAGGUCACGUGACAUGGGUUGGCAAAACCUCAAUAGAAGCUACAAUGCACAUGUCUCAGUACCAAGAUGGUGCGUACACAGAUGUAUUAGAUGCCACGUUUGUCAUGGUGGCUCGAGAUCCUGAAAAUAAAAGGGCAGCUUUUGUAAACCCACUCAAACCUGAGGGUCCGGAGGAAGAGGCCAUUUUUCAUCAGGGGGAAGUUAACAAGACGAGGCGUGUGGAGCUGAGCACAGCAUCUCUUCUGAAAGUGGCUCCUACAGCUGAGGAGAGGACUCUCGUUCACAACCUGUUCCUCAACACUCUAGACACACGACGUGUGAGUUUUCGUGGUCGUAUUCUACCACCAAAUUCGGUGUGGAUGGAAGACGCCAAAUUCAAAGGGCUAGAGAUUUGCCAUCCAGAGGAGAGAAAUAUCUUCAACCGGAUAUUCGGUGGUUUUCUGAUGAGAAAGGCCUAUGAACUUGGUCGUGCCAAUGCCUGUGCAUUUGCUGGCUGCAGACCAACUGUGGUGGCUGUGGAUGAUAUCUUAUUUCGUAAGCCAGUAGAAAUUGGUUCUUUGCUCCUGCUGUCUUCUCAGGUUUGUUACACAGAAGGAAUGUACGUCCAGGUCAGGGUUCAUUCAGAAGUGCUUGAUCCUUUGACCCGGCAGCACAACACCACCAAUGUGUUUCACUUCACUUUCCAUCUUGAAAAGGAUGUCCCAGCUGUUGUCCCACAGAGCUAUGGAGAGUCUAUGCUGUACCUGGAUGGAAAGAGGCACUUUGAUGGGACAAUGAGGAACCACUGUUGAGCAUUCUAGGAUGUCCUGAUAGGAUGAAAUACUGUUUACCUGAUAAAGCCUCACCGACAUCCAUCACUACAAUUACAUGAGUGUUUAUGUGAUUUCUGGUUUGAUUUUCAAAAUGUCUACUCUACAGCUGUCACAUGCAUGCAUUUGAUACAUUUAGUAAUCAGUAAUUUAAUUGAUACGUUUAUACAUUUUCUGAAGCACUUUCUAUGACGUUUAAAAUGUGAGAUAUAAAUGUGGAAAACACUGUGACUACAAUGUGUGACACUAAAACAACCAUUCACACAAUUCUUUGUCUAUAUGACAUUUUUUGCUUUUUCCAUCUGCUCAUAAUAUUGUAGUUGUACAAUAAAUUUGGUCAGAAAUCAGAAAGA